CCGCGCAGGCGCGCGGCUGAGGGGGGGGGGCCGUGACACACAGCACACACACCCCCCCCCUUUCACUGGUCCCGGUACCCUUCCCGGUAGCCACGGUAUGAGAUUCAUGCGGCUCCUCGCCCCGCUGUGCCGCUGGGCAGCCCCCGGGAAGGCGCCCCGCCUGCUCCCGCCCCCGCAGCCGGGCUGGAGGCCGUCCCGCUCGUUCUGCAAGCUGCCCGCGAGCGACCCGGGGGAGGCCGGUGCUGGCAGCAGCGCUGAAGCUGUUGGUGAGGAGGACGAAGAUGAAGGCGUGGAGUUCGGGACGCUGUCUAGUAAAUUUUCUUCUAGAAAAUACUAUCACAAAACCACAUCGCGCUUUCAUAAUUUGAUGCUUCAAGAAGAGGGAAGGGAAGAACCAGAAAGAAAACCUCCACGUGGCCCUAAGAACACCCCGUACUGGUACUUCUUAAAAUGCAAGGCCCUCAUUAAAGAUGACAAGUAUCUUUACAGAAAGAAGUAAGGUAAGAAUCUGUGAGGAAUCUUGUGCUCUGUAGGACUUCUACCACAACCUGCCCACAGCUGUAUAUAUUCAUAUCCAUUGUAAGUGAUUCUCUUGCUGCUUCAUCGUGGAUUUUCCU